AUGUCGGCCGCUGUAGAGGACGCUCAUACGCAAUGGCUCGAGCAGCUUGCUUCCAUGCGCCGUGCUAUAGCAGAGCUGAAUCUGCCAAACGACAACGACCAGGAGGCACCAGCUUAUGGCCAUGACCUCGAAUUCGACGACGAUGACUUCUCUGGAACUGCAAGCGGGGAAGAUAUAUGGGACAUUAUCAGCGACGAGUACGAAGAAGCAUAUAGUAGCGAUCAACUCGGACAAUUCCCCCAAAAAAGCCAGCUGGCUGGCAAUGCUUAUGAUCAGCAAUGGUUGGCCCGCAAAUGCACUGCUAUUGCGCGAACCAGCUCCGGACUGGAUGCCACUGCCCUACAGGAUCAGAUCACAGCUAUCCUUGCAAGUGACAGCAACGACGAGGAGCUGCAGAUGAUGCUAGCCGACAUUGUGGGCUAUGGCGAACUCGACCUCGUCGCAGAUCUCAUCUCUCACCGAAAGGAAGUUAUACAACCUCCCCAAAAGACUGCUACAGCUCAAGAAGACGGCAUUUUUGGGCGCUUGCAGACUAGAGCAGAGCGUGAAGAAGCGUUGCGUAAGCAAGAUCGAGACCACAAAAAUGCGUUACUGGCACCCGCUAUGGACCGGACCGGACCUCAAUAUCCACACGUCUAUCGCACCCAUCAAGCUGGUAAUAAAGUCUCUGCUUAUGGCAAGAAGUAUGCUCUGCCGCCAGGAACUGUCCACCGUGAUGAUAAUCUGUGUGAGGAAUACGAGAUCCCAGCAGUGCCCGUCGGUACUGUCGGCACUGGCCGAAAACUUCUCGAAAUCCGGGAGCUCGAUGGUCUUUGCCAAAGGACGUUCAAAGGCUACAAGACACUUAACCGCAUGCAAAGCCUCGUAUAUCCCGUCGCAUAUAAGACAAGUGAGAAUAUGCUUAUUUGUGCUCCCACCGGUGCAGGUAAGACGGAUGCGGCUGUGCUUACCAUCCUCAACACGGUGGCUAGGAACAUUAUACCGAAUCCUAUUGAACAACCUGAAGCUACCGAUUUCACUGUCAUGACGGAAGACUUCAAGAUCAUCUACGUUGCCCCAAUGAAGGCUCUUGCUGCCGAAAUCACUGAAAAACUGGGAAAGCGUUUCGCAUGGCUUGGUAUCAAAGUCCGCGAACUUACCGGUGACAUGCACUUGACUAAGGCCGAGAUUUUGGAUACCCAAAUAAUCGUCACUACACCGGAGAAGUGGGACGUGGUGACAAGAAAAAGCACUGGAGACACUGAACUUGUCCAAAAAGUGCGGCUACUGAUCAUUGAUGAGGUCCACAUGCUCCACGAUGAGCGAGGCGCAGUCCUGGAAAGCUUGGUCGCCAGAACUCAGCGACAGGUUGAAAGCACACAAUCGCUGAUCCGUAUUGUUGGUCUAUCUGCCACCCUCCCAAACUAUGUUGACGUAGCGGACUUCCUUCGUGUAAACAAAAUGGCUGGCCUAUUUUAUUUCGAUGCUUCUUUUCGUCCUGUCCCGUUGGAGCAGCAUUUCAUUGGAGCAAAAGGUAAGGCGGGAACCCGAAAGUCUCGGGAGAACAUCGAAAAGGUAGCUUUCGACAAAGUCGUGGAGAUGCUUAAGUUAGGGCAUCAGGUCAUGGUCUUCGUACAUUCCAGAGCGGACACACUCAAAACAGCCCGCAGACUUCACGAAAUGGCUGUUGAGGACCAGUGCACCGACCUAUUUGACCCAACGGAUCAUCCAAGAUAUGACCUUGCUCGACGCGAUAUGCAGCAAUCCAAGGGGCGAGAUCUGCGUGAGCUUCUUGACAAAGGCAUGGGUACUCACCAUGCUGGUAUGCCUCGCUCAGACAGAAAUUUGGUCGAACGCCUCUUUGCGGAUGGCGUGAUGAGAGUGCUUUGCUGUACAGCUACAUUGGCAUGGGGCGUCAACCUUCCCGCAGCUGCUGUCUUGAUCAAAGGAACCCAGGUUUACAAUGCUCAGGAGGGUAAAUUCACGGAUCUCGGCAUUCUGGACGUACUUCAAAUCUUUGGUCGUGCUGGGCGACCCCAAUUCCAGGACACUGGUAUUGGGUUUAUCUGCACAACACACGAUAAACUUGAUCACUAUAUGAAAGCGGUGACAGAACAACAGCCCAUCGAAUCAAGAUUCUCGGCAAAGCUUAUAGACAAUCUCAACGCCGAGAUCUCGCUAGGAACGGUCACUACCGUAUCGGAAGCAGUGACCUGGCUCGGAUACUCAUAUCUGUUCGUGCGGAUGCAACAGAGCCCUCUGUCAUAUGGUAUAGAGUGGAGUGAGAAUCGAGACGACCCACAGCUUGUUGGAAGACGCCGUAAGCUGAUUAUCGAUGCCGCGAGGAUUCUCCAAAAGAGUCAGAUGAUUAUCUUCAACGAAACCACUGAAGACCUGCGCGCGAAAGAUGUUGGCCGUAUUGCCAGUCAGUACUACGUCCAGCAGUCAAGUAUAGAGAUCUUCAACACUAUGAUGCAGCCUCACAACAGUGAUGCAGAUGCAUUGGCUAUGAUUAGUAUGAGCGGAGAGUUCGAUCAAGUGCAGUCGCGUGAGACUGAAGAGAAGGAACUGUCGGCUCUCAAAGAAGAAGGAUACGUGGUCACCGACGUAAAGGAUGGUUACGCUACAUCGCAUGGUAAAACGAAUUAUCUGCUGCAAUCUUACAUAUCAAGAGCACGAUUGGAAGAUUUUACACUCGUCUCCGAUACCAACUAUAUUACCCAGAAUGCAUCACGGAUUGCACGUGCGUUGUUCAUGAUAGCGCUCAACCGCCGCUGGGGUUACCAGUGUCGAGUCCUCCUCAGUAUUUGCCAGUCUAUCGAACAUCGCUGCUGGUCCAUCGAGCAUCCAUUACAUCAGUUUGACCUUCCACAGCCUGUACUGCGUCUGCUCGAUGCAAGAUUCCCUUCGAUCGAAACUUUGCGAGACAUGGACCCUGGCGAGAUAGGAGACAUGGUACACAACAAGAAAAUGGGAGUUGUGAUAUCAAGGAUUAUGAACAAUUUCCCUACCCUAGGUAUAGAGUCGGAGAUAGCACCUCUGAAUCGCGACGUCCUCAGGAUUCAUCUCUGGCUGACGCCCGAAUUCGUCUGGAAUGAUCGUCAUCAUGGAACAUCAGAGGCCUUCUGGAUUUGGGUCGAGAACUCCGAGACCUCCGACAUUUACCACCACGAAUACUUCAUCCUGUCGCGCAAGAAGCUUUAUGAUAAUCACGAACUCAACUUCACGAUUCCACUCUCUGACCCACUACCUACACAGGUCUAUGUGCGUGUUUUAUCCGACCGCUGGUUGGGCGCAGAGACUGUGCAUCCGAUUUCGUUUCAGCAUCUCAUUAGACCUGACACAGAGAGUGUGUAUACCGAUCUACUGGAUCUACAGCCACUACCAAUAUCUGCUUUGAAGAACCCACUUCUAGAAGAGGUGUACGCGCAGCGCUUUCAGUACUUCAACCCUAUGCAGUCACAGAUCUUUCAUUGCUUGUACCACACUCCAGCAAAUGUAUUGCUUGGAUCACCGACUGGUAGUGGCAAAACUGUCGCCGCUGAGCUUGCCAUGUGGUGGGCGUUUCGCGAAAAGCCUGGAUCCAAGGUUGUCUACAUCGCACCCAUGAAGGCGCUUGUGCGAGAGCGAGUGCAGGAUUGGGGCAAGCGACUAGCUGGUCCAAUGGGCCUGAAGUUAGUCGAACUAACUGGUGACAAUACUCCUGACACACGUACUAUCCGAGAUGCAGAUGUCAUCAUCACGACGCCUGAGAAGUGGGACGGUAUUAGUCGUAGCUGGCAGACUCGUGGAUAUGUUCGUCAAGUCAGCUUGGUUAUCAUCGAUGAGAUUCAUCUCUUAGGUGGUGAUCGAGGUCCUAUUCUGGAGAUUAUCGUUUCACGUAUGAACUAUAUUGCAUCGCAAAAGAAGGACGGCUCCAUACGUUUGCUCGGUAUGUCCACGGCUUGCGCUAAUGCAUCAGAUCUUGGGAACUGGCUGGGCGUCAAAGAAGGUCUCUUCAACUUCCGACACUCUGUCCGCCCUGUGCCUCUUGAGAUUUUUAUCGAUGGCUUCCCAGAGCAACGUGGGUUCUGCCCAUUGAUGCAGUCCAUGAACCGACCGACUUUCCUUGCUAUUAAGGCCCACUCUCCAGAGAAGCCUGUCAUCGUCUUCGUAGCCUCGCGUCGCCAAACCCGUCUGACUGCGCGUGAUCUGAUCAACUUCUGUGGUAUGGAAGACAACCCUAGGCGUUUCCUGCACAUGUCCGAAGAUGACCUCGCUUUGAACCUCACUCGAGUCAAGGACGGCGCACUACGGGAGGCCCUCAGCUUUGGAAUAGGACUCCAUCAUGCUGGUCUAGUUGAGACUGAUCGAUCGUUAUCUGAAGAACUUUUUGCAAAUAACAAGAUCCAGAUCCUUAUUGCUACCAGUACACUCGCUUGGGGAGUGAAUCUGCCUGCACAUCUAGUUGUCGUCAAGGGAACGCAGUUCUUCGACGCUAAGACUGAAGGAUACAAGGACAUGGAUUUGACGGACGUAUUGCAGAUGUUAGGUCGUGCCGGGCGCCCUCAGUUUGACGACUCGGGUAUUGCGCGAAUCUUCACCCAGGACGCGAAGAAGGAAUUCUACAAGCAUUUCCUCCACACUGGUUUUCCGGUCGAAUCGUCGCUCCACAAAGUCCUGGAUAACCACUUGGGCGCCGAAAUUUCAGCCGGAACUAUUGCAACGAAACAAGAUGCAUUAGACUAUCUCACCUGGACGUUCUUCUUCCGCCGGCUACACAAGAAUCCUUCCUUCUAUGGCCUGGAGCUCUCAGCAGAGGAGCACAACACCAUAGCCGCGCAAACCAUGGCUAACGACUACAUGAUUGAGCUUGUUGAGAAGUCUCUCAAGGAACUAGACGAAUCUUCAUGUGCUAUUGUAGAACCAACUGGCGAGGUCGAUCCCACUCCUUUGGGCAAGAUCAUGAGCUACUAUUACCUCAGUCACAAAACCAUCCGAUAUCUUGUCAAGAACGUCAAGCGCAAUGCAACCUUUGCGGAUGUUCUCGCCUGGAUCUCGCAUGCGACCGAGUACGAUGAGUUGCCAGUUCGCCACAACGAAGAUCUCAUCAAUGUCGAGCUGUCCAAGGCCCUCCCCAUCCAAGCAGAUGACUUUGGUCUGCCCAUGUGGGAUCCUCAUGUAAAGGCUUUCCUGCUUCUACAAGCACACUUUUCGCGCAUCGAUCUGCCAAUCUCUGAUUAUGUGGGUGAUCUCAACAGUGUGUUGGACCAGAGCAUUCGUAUUGUACAGGCUUCCAUUGACGUCCUCACUGAGCUGGGAUACUUUUCCUCUUGUGAAGCCAUGAUCUCUCUUCUCCAAGCUAUCAAAUCUGCACGCUGGCCCACCGAUGGCGUGCUAUCCAUCUUCCCAGGCGUAGACGUCGAACAGGAGAAGAAGCGUCUCGAAAACCCCCGAGCCAGUCCCAAAACGUUGAUCGAGGCAACAACGGCAAAGCCAGCCACGCUUCAGACAGCGGCAAAGUCUGCAGGCGUCACCGUUGCGGCUAUGCAGCGCUUCAUCGAACCAGUAGCCCGUCUGCCGGUCGUCAGGCUCGACUUGGAGAGCAUCAACGCCAUGUCAAUGAUGCUCAACCUUUCACGUCAAAACUACGCAAGAUUGCAAAAUGGCGGUGUGCGCAUCUUUGCGCCUCGCUACCCAAAGCCACAGACUGAAGGCUUCUUCGCUAUCGUCUCGUAUUCAAGCUCGGAUGAAAUCAUUGCACUCAAGCGUGUGGGCUGGAAUGAUCUGAGUCGCAAUGGUGGCGGUCUGCGUGGUGGUGGUGGUGGUGGUGGUGGUGGUCGUAGCCAAAGGGGCGAUGGGGGGACGCAGUCGAGUCUGCGGACUUCGGCGAAGGUCUCAUUGCCGCCUGAGGCGCAGGGGAUGAAGGUGGAUAUCACGGUGCACAGUGACUCGUACCCAGGGAUGAAGUGGAAAAUCGAAGGCAUCGAUGUUCCCCAGGCGCCGUUUGUGGAUGAAGGGGGAAAGGGCAAGGAGAAGGCGUAG